UAGUCGGCAACCGUCGACCCGGGUGGAGGCGUGCUAUCCCUCUCGUGUAACGUGUAACACGCGUGUUCGGUAACAGUGUAACAACCUGCAACAGGACUCUUUUUUUUUUGGUGAAAAAGUGUGUUGCGCAAACUUCGACAGUGAUUUAUUGUUCGGCAAGAUCUUAAGCAAGAGUUGUUGCUGAAAAUGCGACUGCUAGUGCUUUGCCUAGCGCUAGCAACGUCCGGCUAUGCGGAGAUAACGACGCACCUUGGACCGGACGGCUACGAAUACCCAAGGCCGAACAUCCCGUUCCCACCGCCGGAGAAACCCUCACCGCCAGGAAGCACUCCACGACCAUGUCCUUUCGGUGGAGUUCCGCCGUACUGCUGUACAAACGGAGGCUCGGGGCCAAACUGUGCCCUGCCGUCUCCACCAACUCCGGGACCAACAACUCCGAGACCUUGUCCGUUUGGAGGAGUCCCUCCGUACUGUUGUACUAACGGAGGCUCGGGGCCAAACUGUGCUGUCCCGACUACCCCUGCAGGUUGUCCUUACGGAGGAGUUCCUCCUUACUGCUGUACAAACGGUGGACAAGGACCCAACUGUGUAGUGUCAAUUCCUUCUACACCUGCACCAACAACACCACGACCCUGUCCGUAUGGUGGAAUUCCGCCGUAUUGUUGUACUAACGGAGGACAAGGUCCAAACUGCGAGGUUCCUACCAGGCCAACUCCUGGACCGACUACUCCGGCAGGAUGUCCUAACGGAGGAGUACCACCCUAUUGCUGCACCAAUGGAGGUUCCGGUCCGAAUUGCAUCGUCCCCACUAGACCAACUCCAGGACCAACCACUCCUCGGCCCUGCCCGUUCGGAGGAAUCCCUCCGUACUGCUGUACCAAUGGUGGAACCGGACCCAAUUGCGUUGUAGCUACAACUUCAACUCCCACGACACCAAGACCCUGCCCGUACGGUGGAGUUCCUCCGUACUGUUGUACCAAUGGUGGACAAGGACCGAAUUGUGUUGUUCCGACUAGGCCUCCUCCAUCUACGCCAAGGCCUUGCCCGGCUGGCGGUGUACCCCCCUAUUGCUGUACCAACGGAGGUCAAGGACCAAACUGCGUAGUUCCACCUCCUCCCGUUCCACCACCAACGCGACCUCCGCCACCACCUCCAUCCGGUAACGACAACGAAUACCUGCCGCCAUGCACUAACGGCGGCCAAGGACCUGACUGUGUACUGCCAAUCACACCACCACCCAAUCGACCACCAACUCGACCUCCAGCGUGUCCAUCUGGUGGAGUUCCUCCUUACUGCUGUACCAACGGCGGAUCCGGACCGAAUUGUGUUGUUCCAACGAGACCAACUCCAGGACCUACGACUCCAGCUGGAUGUCCAUAUGGAGGAGUGCCUCCAUAUUGUUGUACGAACGGAGGAACUGGACCGAAUUGCAUAGUUCCGACAAGACCAACUCCGGGACCGACGACCCCGGCGCCUUGCCCGUAUGGAGGCGUUCCUCCAUAUUGCUGUACCAACGGCGGAUCCGGACCGAACUGUGUUGUUCCAACGAGACCUACUCCGGGACCAACUACUCCAGCUGGAUGCCCUUACGGAGGAGUUCCUCCAUAUUGCUGCACCAACGGCGGAACUGGACCGAAUUGUAUUGUUCCAACCAGACCAACUCCAGGACCUACAACUCCGGCGCCUUGCCCGUACGGAGGAGUUCCUCCAUAUUGCUGUACCAACGGUGGAAGCGGACCAAACUGUGUAGUCCCAACAAGACCUACUCCAGGACCAACCACUCCAGCUGGAUGUCCUUAUGGAGGCGUUCCUCCAUAUUGUUGUACAAACGGAGGAACUGGACCGAAUUGCAUUGUUCCGACAAGACCAACUCCAGGACCAACAACUCCCGCUCCUUGUCCAUUCGGAGGAGUCCCACCGUACUGUUGUACCAAUGGAGGAUCCGGACCAAACUGUGUGGUUCCAACGAGACCUACUCCUGGACCAACGACUCCUGCUGGAUGUCCCAACGGAGGAGUUCCUCCCUACUGCUGUACAAACGGAGGAUCAGGUCCGAACUGUAUCGUCCCUACUAGACCAACUCCCGGACCGACCACUCCUCGGCCAUGUCCCUUCGGAGGAGUUGCUCCUUACUGUUGUACGAACGGAGGAUCAGGACCAAAUUGCAUUGUGCCGUCUCGACCAACUCCUGGACCAACAACGCCAAGACCAACUCAAAACAACGAAUAUCUGCCACCUCCAACCAAACCAUCACAGGGCUGCCCCAAUGGAGGAGUACCUCCGUAUUGCUGUACCAAUGGAGGAUCCGGGCCAAACUGCGCAGUUCCAACGCAACCUCCACGACCAACUACUCCUUCCGGUUGUCCAAAUGGAGGAGUCCCGCCCUACUGCUGCACUAAUGGUGGACAAGGUCCCAAUUGCCAGGUUCCAACACAACCUCCAAGGCCAACCACUCCGCAGUGUCCGUACGGUGGAGUUCCACCCUAUUGCUGCACAAACGGAGGUCAAGGACCAAAUUGCAUUGUUCCGACGCAGCCACCACGACCAACCACACCUGCUGGAUGUCCGAAUGGAGGAGUCCCUCCGUACUGUUGUACUAACGGAGGUCAAGGUCCAAAUUGUGUAGUUCCAACACAACCACCUCGCCCUACCACGCCCUCGUGUCCUUAUGGAGGAGUUCCACCAUAUUGCUGCACGAAUGGAGGUCAAGGACCUAACUGUAUCGUUUCAACGCAACCGCCAAGACCAACCACUCCUGCCGGAUGUCCAAAUGGUGGAGUUCCUCCUUACUGCUGCACCAAUGGUGGACAAGGACCAAACUGCGUUGUUCCGACACAACCACCACGGCCAACAACUCCAACCUGUCCCUACGGAGGUGUUCCACCCUAUUGUUGUACUAACGGAGGUCAAGGUCCCAACUGCAUAGUGCCAACACAACCACCACGACCGACGACCCCUGCCGGAUGUCCGAAUGGAGGAGUCCCGCCGUAUUGUUGUACUAACGGAGGUCAAGGUCCUAACUGCAUUGUACCGACACAACCACCAAGACCCACCACUCCACAGUGCCCGUAUGGUGGAGUGCCGCCAUAUUGCUGCACAAAUGGAGGACAAGGACCCAACUGUAUUGUUCCAUCGAGACCAACCCAGCCACCAACGAAGCCAACUUCCGAAAACGAAUAUCUGCCACCGUGCACAAACGGCGGAUUCGGUCCCAACUGCGCACUGCCAACUCAACCACCGGUUACUCGACCGCCACCAACUCAGCCUCCACGGCCAACAACGCCAUCCUGCCCAUACGGAGGAGUUCCACCAUACUGCUGUACCAACGGAGGUCAAGGUCCUAACUGCAUAGUUCCAACACAACCACCACGACCGACGACCCCUGCCGGAUGUCCGAAUGGUGGCGUUCCUCCCUACUGUUGUACCAACGGUGGACAGGGCCCUAACUGUGCCGUUCCGAGCCGUCCUUCGACGUACCCACCAGCUACCCGACCACCGCCAACGCAACCACCAAGCUGCCCAGCCGGAGGUAUUCCGCCCUAUUGCUGCACCAAUGGCGGACAAGGACCCAACUGCGCUGUUCCAACGCGUCCCCCAACUUAUCCGCCAGCUACUCGACCACCACCAACCCAACCACCAAGCUGCCCUGCCGGAGGAGUUCCGCCGUACUGCUGUACAAAUGGCGGCCAAGGGCCGAACUGCGCAGUUCCAACGCGUCCCCCAACCUAUCCCCCGGCAACUCGACCACCGCCAACACAACCGCCAAGCUGUCCAGCCGGUGGAAUCCCACCGUACUGCUGCACCAACGGCGGCCAAGGCCCCAACUGCGCAGUUCCAACGCGACCCCCAACCUAUCCACCGGCAACGCGACCUCCACCAACACAACAGCCGGGCUGCCCGGCCGGAGGAGUCCCACCGUACUGCUGUACUAACGGUGGAAGUGGGCCCAACUGCGAAAUUAAACCGUCCCACACCCUGGACCAGGACGGUUACCACUACCAGAGGCCGAGCAAGCCGUUCAACUUCUAGGUGCUAUUUAUUUCAUAACCAUUCCAACAUUUGUACAGAGUUGAGAACCCAUCCAGGAUGAACAAGAGUCAAGAAUCAAUAGCUGAGUGGAAGUGGUUGUGCCCAUUUCCUUCUAUUUUGUAAAAAGUGCAUGUAUUUAUGUUUUAUACCCACUAUAUUGUCUCGAUCAGAAAAAUACUCGAUUGUGUGUGCUUCGUCUCUGCCCGCAGGACAGUGCGCUGCCCGAAGCACGUAAUCAAACAUCAAAAAUUUUAUCUAGUGUUAGAUGAAGCUAGCUUUAAGAAAGGCGAUUGAUUGCUGAAGAGCCAAAUAAACGUUAAAGAAAUGUGUA